AUGCUGCCAGCCCAGCUGAUUUACAGGAAGCCUCAGCGGCCACCCGCCCUCCUUAAUCUUUAACCACGUCCGGCUGGGUCCAAUCAGUUCCCCUCUGCGCCCGGGCGGACACGCAGGGACCUGACCCACCACCGGACACUUAGGACGCCCACCAUGAAGCUCUGGCUGUCCCUGGUGUGCUUGGCCACCGUGGCUGCGGCGUCUGUCACCCCGGGGCCCGGGCUGGAGGCCCCUCCCCAAAGGCCGAAGCCGACCGUGCUGCAGCUGGUGCCAGCUCCUGCCGACCGCCCGGGCACAGAGGGGUACGCGGGGACGACGAGCCCACCCCCGCCCGGCACCGGUGCCCACCCCAACGCGGUGCCCAGCUCGGCUGCAGCGCUCACCGUCACGGAGGCUCCCAGCCCGGGCACGGAGCUGGCCACGGGGCCGGCGAGCACCAGCCCCAGCCCCACGGAGCCGGAGGGGCCGCCCGAGGCCGCGGGCACACCGGCCAACGGGACCACGGCCACCCCCGUGCCCGUGCCCACGGAGGGGCCCACCAGCGCCCCGGUCACAACCGCCCCGCCGUGCCCCGGGGACGAGGAGCCAGCUGAGGUCUGCGGGGAACCCACAGGGGAAGAGACGGCGGCGGUGGCCGAGGCGCUGAGCACCUUCGCCCUGCGCUUCUACCAGCGGCUGGCGGAGGCCACGGAGCCCAGCACCAACCUGCUCUUCUCGCCCAUCAACGUGGCCUUGGGGCUGUCACAUCUCCUGCUGGGCGCCCGCGGCGAGACCCGGGAGCGCCUGGGCGCCGUGCUGGCCUACCCGCCGGAGCCGCGCUGCGUGCACCGCGCCCUGCGGCAGCUCGCCAAGUCGCCGGGCCUCCUCUCCGCCUCGCAGAUCUUCCACCACGGAGAGCUGCGCCUCGCCCCCCGCUUCCUCGAGGAGUCGCGGCGCUUCUACGACGCCCGGCCCCGGGCGCUCAGCGGCAACGAGAGCCUCGACCUGCGGAGCAUCAACAAGUGGGUGCGGGAGGCCACCCAGGGGCGCCUGCCCCGCCUGCUCGACGAGCUGCCCCCCGAGCCCCGCCUGGUGCUGCUCAGCGCCGUCUACUUCCAGGCCAAGUGGAAGACGCCGUUCCAGGCCAAGGACACGAUGCCGCAGCCCUUCCUGCGCCCCGGGCGCUCCUCCGUCCUCGUCCCCACCAUGACCAGCAAGAAGUACCCCGUGGCCUCCUUCAGCGAGCCCGGCCUGCGGGCCCUGGUGGGGCGGCUCCAGCUGAGCCAGGGCGUGAGCCUGGUGGUGGUGCUGCCGCCAGGCGCCCCGGGGGCCCUGCAGGCGCUGGAGGCGGCGCUGAGCCCCGCCGUCUUCCUCGCCCUGCUGCGCAAGGCGGCCGCCCUCCCGCCCCGGCCCACCGUGCUGGCCCUGCCCCGCUUCCGCCUCGACCGCACCCAGGACGUCGUGGCCGUCGUCCACGAGAUGGACUACGGGCUGUUCCUGGACGCGGAGCUGUGCGGGCUGGCGCCGGGGCGGGAGGCGGCGGUGGACGCGGCGCGGCACCGGGCGGUGCUGGCGCUGGACGAGGCCGGCGUGGAGGCGGCGGGCGCCCUGGCCACCUCGCUGGCCCGCACCGCCAACGUCUUCGAGGCCCUGCGGCCCUUCCUCUUCGUGCUGUGGGACGACGCCCGCGCCUUCCCCCUCUUCAUGGGCCGCCUCAGCGACCCCCAGCCCUGACGCCCCCGCCACCUCCCUCCUUCCUUCCCUCCUCCUCUCCCUCCUUCCUUCCCUCCUUCCCUUUCUCUUUCCUUCCCUCUCUCCGUCUCUCCUCCUUCCCUUUCUCCUCCCACCCCUCCCUCUCUCCCUUGCU